GAGGUUGAAUUGUGACCCGGAAGCACUUGACAGGCACUAAAACAAGAGGAUGUUCUGUUAGCACUUUAGUUUGCUGGUAGCCACCACGGAAAGUUGCAGUAUUAUUUUGUACCAGAGACCCCACCGGAAAAUAUACGGCAUUUACUAACACAAUGGAAGAAUGACGUGGCAGCGUUUCUCAUUUUCUGAAGACCGUGAGUCGUAUAAUUACUGAAGCUAGUUAGCAUUAGCUAACGAGGCCAGAGGCUGCAGCGUUCCUCAUAGUUAUCGUGAAUGUUUUGGAAUCUAACCAGACCGGUAUCAGGAGAGUCCGGUUAAAUUAUCAGCCCUUCUUGAGCGGUAGCUACAUUCUGGGCAUGGUGUCGAACUGUACAAGCUCCAGGUUCUAUGUUAAAAGUUUUUGUUUGAUGGUUUAGUGGUAGACUCGCAGUAGGCUAGCUGAAAAGGAAGGUGCAGCCAUGGACGACUUUAGCUCGAUCAGCCUGCUGUCUCUUGCGAUGUUGGUGGGAUGUUACGUGGCCGGGACAAUACCUCUUGCUGUCAACUUCUCAGAGGAGAAACUGAAGCUGAUCACUGUGCUUGGAGCAGGGCUGCUCUGUGGAACAGCACUUGCGGUUAUCAUUCCUGAGGGAGUACACGCACUUUAUGAAGAGAUCCUUGAAGGUGUGCACCACAGCCACACUCAGGCUGGGGCUGUGCAAGCAUCUGAGGCCAAGGGUGAAGCAGAAGCAGCUCUGGACACCACAGGGAAACACGAGCACAGUCACGAGCAGCUCCACGCCUGCAUCGGUAUCUCUUUGGUGCUAGGCUUUGUCUUCAUGCUGCUGGUGGACCAAAUAGGCAGCGCUCAUGUUCACAAUGCUGAAGAUCCAGAGUCGGCAAGAGUCACUAACUCAAAAAUCACCACUACUCUGGGUCUUGUAGUCCAUGCUGCAGCUGAUGGAGUCGCAUUAGGAGCUGCUGCCUCAACAUCUCAGACCAGCGUUCAGCUCAUUGUCUUUGUAGCUAUUAUGCUGCAUAAGGCUCCAGCAGCUUUCGGCUUGGUGUCGUUCCUGAUGCAUGCUGGUCUUGAGAGGAACCGCAUUCGCAAGCACCUGUUAGUGUUUGCCUUGGCAGCUCCCGUUCUCGCCAUGAUCACGUUUUUAGGCCUCAGUCAGAGCAGCAAAGAAGCUUUGUCAGACAUCAACGCCACCGGGGUCGCCAUGCUCUUUUCCGCUGGCACCUUCCUCUAUGUGGCCACCGUGCACGUCCUCCCUGAGGUGGGAGGCGGUGGCCACAGCCACGCUCCCACAGGAGGGAACGGAGGGAAGGGACUGAGCAAAGUGGAAGUGGGAGCACUGGUUCUAGGCUGCCUCAUUCCUCUGGUGCUUUCCAUCGGUCACCACCAUUAGACCCACAGGGGGAGAACCUCUGACACGUGUACAGGACGCUGAAUUCGAGACUUUAGACAAUGCAGAUUUAAAUGUCUUAUUGAUUAUCGUCUGCUGCUGGACACCAUGGACAACAGGCCCAUCACAAGACUUGAUUGAACCAGAAUGAGUGGUGUUGAGGGAAUCAGAGCUGAGAUAACCAAGGCACAAGGUGAUGUUUUAUCUGUUGACUCUGACGCAACACUACUACUGUAUGUACGCUUUUACUCCACCAGAAAUCUUAUUUUGGGAAAGCAGAUCUUUUUUUAGCUCGUUGUAUUUAGAUCCAAGCAGAGUUUAAGUGUUGCAUUAUCAUGCUUGUUUAAAUUCCCUGAACCCACUCUGAUUUUAAUCAUCUUUAAUGGGAUGGCUGGUGCACCGUGAGAUUUGGAGUUGAUUGAGCUUGUGAUAUAUAUUUUUUUUUUUGGCUUGUGAAAAUCACUUUUUAUAUAACUGUACAGAGUGUAAAUUUCUUAGACUGAUUUUCAAGUGCCAUAAUAAGAAGUGUGAGACCAGUAGCGGAAGAGGACCACGGUGCCAUGAGAACCUUACAGUUUGAACCUGACAUCCCAGUCAUCUUAUUCUCCCUGAAAACCCUAUUGAACCAGAUUAACCAGCUGUGGGUUUCAUGUGUCAGUUUGUCAGUCAAGUGUUGGUUACCUAAACCUUUAGAGAGGUAACUUGGUUCUUGGCUCGUUGACGCCUGGAUUAGUUCACUUUUGGUGCAUGGCAUCCUGUAACAUCACAUGCAAACACCCUCUUUGCAGUCCUCUUCUUCACCCUACAUGCAGAUGCCUACCUUUUAGUUAUGUCACUUUUUUAUGGUUUACUUUCUAGCUCCAAUGAUUUCUUUUUCUUGCAAACUUUACUGUAAAUGAAAGCAUUCUGUACAUAUUUGUCUUAAGUGAUUGUAGAGUUCAGGUGGAGGGCACAUCUGGUGUUUCUGAAUAAAUGACAGACCUGUCUUGUAGAAAAGAAUUGACUGCAUAGGGGCCAUCAGCUCAGGAGAACAGUAUAUCUUAACAUGUUGGACAAUUCUCUCAUCAAUCAGAAAGAGCAAUAAUGAAGAAAAAAUAGAUGAUGAAAUUGGGGCUGACUUGCUUUGUUUCCCUGCAGCGAUGCCUGUAAAGUGUGUGUACAGUGUUGCACUUGUAAUGUGAUUCCUAAAUGCAGAUUUGUGAGCCCUGCCUCUGUUCCGGUCCUAAUAAAACUGAAAUCCGUUAAAAAUCUAAGCAGGUUGAACAUUUGUCUAUAUGUUAUCACCUGUACCUGCUCACAGCAGUGGGUCAGCUGUAGGUUCCUACGCUGUACAUAGUGACCUUCCUUAAAAAAAAAAAAAAAAAACUUAUAAAUACUUCCUGAUUUGAA